UUCUUCGUUUCGUCAAAGCUGGCUGCCUCGUUUGCUCGACAGAAUGUGCCACAACAAGACUUGGCCAAGACAAGCUGAACAGGUUCUAAGAGUGUGCUCUAACUAAAGGCAAAAUAAGAUAUCCAUCCGAUAGGCGAAGGCUACGCAGGAGGAGCUCAGCAUGCAUCAGGUGCUCAGCUAUGAGACGGCUGUGCGGGCCAGCAGCAGCUCGCGCGAAUAUGUGACGAAGCGCACCUGCGCCUCACUCCUGCUCACCAUUGGCUUCUUCAUGCUCAUCUCAGGCUAUUUGCUGGGCAAUUUCGUGACGGAGCGCAAGUAUCACAUACGCCAGCUGCUGACAAAAAAGUCAAUUAAGGCAGGCGAGGCCACCGGGGAGGACGGGGAGCGUUACGUGCAGCUGAAUGGCGUGGAUUAUGGCAAUCUGCAGGAACUACGCGCCUACCAGAAGCACAAGGACCAGCUGCUGGCCGCGGCACAGGUGCUGAAUAAGCUGCUACAGCAGGACGAGAGCGAACGCUAUUUGGCCACGUCCCUGAAUACGGAGAUCUUUAACAAGUACGUGAGCUGCACCCAGGAUAUACCGCCCAAUACGAACAUCAAGGCCAGCCAGUUCAUUGAGCAGCUGAUAGACAAUACCAUAGCCAGGCAAAGGGAUUGCAUGCGCAUCAUACAGGUGGUCAUCGACAAUCACCUGGCCAAUAGCCAGCUCUGAGCAAAGCUAACGGAAUGAACAGAAAUUAGGGAACAACUGAAGCUGAUCAUUAUUAAAGCAGAAGGAUAUUAUUUUUGCAUAAUGUAGUGUGAAUUUUAAAAUUACGUAUGUA